UCAGAACGGGCUAGUCUUCUUUCAGAGCGUUCGUGACAAACCGCCGAUAUGCACCGGUACUUAUGAGGUAUCCUAAUGAUUUCCUGUGGUUUCUAACGACUUGCAUAAAUACGAUGAAAAUAGAAACAGCAUUUCAUAAUAUACAUGCAAACAAACGAGUCACAAGCUGGGCGCGAAGAAUAGCGAUCCACAAGUUAAAAUAAAUGUUAAUAUGCACUACAUAACAGAGGUAAUGGAAACGCAGAAGAUAAACAUUAAAAAUCUGGCGAGAUUUGUUCAAUGUCAAGCAGACCCAAAGCCACGAUCGAAAGAGACGCAACAAAGUUUUCGUGUCAACCUUGUCGUGCUAGGAACAAGUGGUUGUGGUAAAACUGCCUUCAUUAAACGAUUUCUUGGUAAACCAUUUCCCAAGUCACAUGAAGCUACAUUAGAAGAUGUUUAUGACGGACACUAUACGUUAAAAUCAUUUCACACUACAGUAUUACUUCGAAUAUACGAUACAGACGGUUCGGAUAGAUUUCCAGCGAUGAGAAACUUGGCCAUUAACGAAGGACAGGCAUUCAUUGUUAUGUAUAAACUAAAUAGCAAAGAAUCGUUCAGAAAAGCCAAACAAACAGUGGAUGAACUCAUCGAAGCAAAAGGUCAGGGUAUACCGAUAUACCUUGUUGGAAAUAAAUGUGACAAACCGUCAUCAGAGCAAGUGGUCACUACUGAAGAGGCUGUCAAACUAAGUAGCGAAAAGAAAUGCUUCUUUGCUGUCACCUCGGCGUUAAUGGGAGUAAAUACGGACAAAAUAUUCCGUGAGAUUGCUUCACAAAUGGUCGAAAGAAGAUUACUGGGCUUACACCAAAGAGCAACUCAACAAGACGCUGUGCAUCAGAAAUGAUCAAAACUAGGAGAGUAGCGAAAUGAACUGAUGACUAAUCGAAAUGGAUCGAUUACUCCAUUUCCUAACUCCACUACAGAUCGUUUAUUUCUGCAUCACGGGACAAUAUACAUAUUUGGAAAUCAAGCCCAUAUAUAUCUACACCUCGCCCUCUGGAAAGAUCAGAUUCAUUCAUUAUGACUACAUUACAAUAUACACAAGGGUGUAUCAUCCUAGAUUACGUAGACUUGUGAUGUAAACCAGAACAUUUGUUAAAUCCACUCAUGACCUUUUCAAUGGAAUUACCCCGACGGAUUGACCUUAACCAAUGCCAUGACAAUAUGUAUUGUAAUGUGUAUGUAGUACCACAAUAACCCGAACUGGUUAUUCGCCACAUUCAUCACACACCCAUAAUUUAAUAUUACCUAACUUCCACAAAAAAAUUAUUUCUUACAAGUUGGGCUGAACAGGAAAACUACGGGGAAGAGACAAUAUGUAGGAAAUUGCAUGCAUUCUUAGAAAUGCUGUAUCAUUCACAUUCAUUUGUA